AUGGGUAAGUACGCAGAGGCACUUACAUAUUUUGAGAAAUCUCUUGAAAUCCAGAAAGAAGCUCUUGGUGAGAAACACCCUGAUACUGCAGGGACAUACGAUAAUAUUGGUAGUGCACUAUGUGACAUGGGUAGGUUCGCAGAGGCACUUACGUAUUUCGAGAUAUCUCUCGAAAUCCAGAAAGAAAUCCUUGGUGAGAAACACCCUGAUACUACAGGGACAUACCAUAAUAUUGGUAGUGCACUAUGUGACAUGGGUAAGUACGCAGAGGCGCUUACAUAUUUCGAGAAAUCUCUAGAAAUCCAGAAAGAAACCCUUGGUGAGAAACACCCUGAUACUGCAGGGACAUACAAUUAUAUUGGUAGUGCCCUAUGUGACAUGGGUAGGCACACAGAGGCACUUCUAUAUUUUGAGAAAUCUCUCGCAGUUGCACCUAAAUAUGAUGAGAAAUCUCCUGAAAUCCAGAAAGAAACCCUUGCUAAGAAACACCUAUAUACUGCUACAACAUACCAGAAAAUUGACAGUACAUUUCACAUAUUGGUUUUCUUUGUCACAAGGAGAGCUUCCAGUUCAAACCUGUAG